GUGUAGCGUCCGCAGUGCGCGUGUGGCUGCCCGACAGGGGCCGCCAGCUGUCCGUGCCGUGGGACCGCCUGCGCGCCGUCCGGCCCCGCUUCACUGCGCUCCGAGCGCUGGCAAUUGAAAGCCACCUGGCGGGGAUAAGUCCAGUCGGCGGGCGAUGGCACUUGUCCGCCGGCGAGCUACUGGCGCAGCGCUCCGGGCGCGCGCUGCGGCUGGUCGCGCACGAGUCGCGCCGCCGCAGCGUCGGCGCCGUGCUGCUCGAGCUCGACCCGACCGCCGUCGUGUGCCUCAACCGGGAGCUGCUCGCUAAACAGCUGGCUACUACUGACGGGUCCAUUGACUUUGAAGCCCUCACUGCGGAAUACGAUUCUACUAAAAAGGAACCAAUCCCACAAUCACCCGUAAAUAGUGAAAACGCCACAUGCAAAAAUUAUGAAACAAUGGCAAGAAGGUAUCAGGAUGAGUUCCAACCCGGCUCAAAAGAAACACUCCGAUUGGAAGCGAAGAUCCUUCUCUGCGAGUCCCCAUCAUUGAUAUACAUCUCAUUGGUACACCAGCAGAAAACAUUCAACGAGCUGUUUGAAGAUAUGCAGAAAUUCUACUCGAAACGCAAAACUCCGCGCCGCGAAAGAUGGAAAGUGAACGAUAGAUGCUGCGCAUUUUGUAUGCAGUCACAGACAUGGCGUCGAGCUACCGUCCUCAAAACGGAAAAGGACCAAGUCAUCGUAUUCUUUACAGAUUUCGCUCAAACCGAGACGGUGUCGAUAUCGAACUUGAAAAAGUUGCAUACCGAUUUUGAAGUGAUAGGAGACGCGGCUAUAAAGUGUCAUCUAGCGGGGUUGCUGCCGGCGGACGGGGAGUGGCCCUCGCUCACCAAGGAGUUCCUGAAAGACAAACUGGAGGAGUACAAACGCGUGUUCGUGACAAAAGUCGGCGAGUUCGAGGACAAGAGCAUGCCGGUUCAGCUGUGGGUGUACCACACGGAGCUGGGCAGCGCGCUCGAGCCCAACGAGUCCGAGUGGCGCUGCCUCAACGCCGAGCUGGCGAGCCGCGGCCUCGCCAUCGAUACUCGUCAGAUUGAGGGCGCCACCUCUGGACCAGACGACGAGCUGCGUUUCCUGAACGUGCGCGGCUCGGUGAAGGAGUGGCUGCUGCCGCCGCUGCCCGGCUCGGCCAGCUCGGACGACGUGCCCGCGUGGCUGCCCGCCGAGCCGCUGCGAGCCCCAGAGUUCACCGCCCUGCCCACAUACAUAGACAACGAUGGCAUCAUCUACUUGCACGAUGUCUCGCAGGAGGACGACUUGGAGUUCAUCCGCGACACGCUCGAAAUGGUGUUCAAAGAGGAGGACCUCAAGGCGCCGUACUGCUCGUGGCGCGUCGGGGAGCUUUGCGUGGCGCGAUAUUACCUCGACUCGAAGUUCUACCGCGGGACGGUGCUCGAGGUCAACCCCGCCCAGGGCAACUGCCUCGUUCAAUACGUCGACUACGGCAAUUCCGAGCUCUGCGCCUUUACCGACCUGAGGAAACGCGUUGCUCUACACCAGAUCCCCAUCCAAUCCCACAAGGUCUCGCUCGCCCGCAUCAAACCCGUCGGUGAGCCGUGGGACCAAACCGUCCUCGACUACAUACACAAGGCCAUCGUCGAGAAGAAAUGCUUCGUCAAAGUGGCAGCCCCGCCGGUCAACGACGUCACGCCAGUCGACCUCAAGUAUGACAAACUCUGGAUUAAUGACCACCUAGUCGAGUUUGACUUGGCUGAAUACAUUGACGGCUCCAAGCCUAUAGAACGCAAGUUUAUAAAUAAAUCUAAACACGCUUCAAGUACAACAGUAAAAAACAAAAGAACUGAAACAGAGAUGAAUGUUAUUGAAAUAAACAGUGGUUCCGAACCCGAUUACAUUGUUGAGGAGAAUAUAAACUCCUCACAAGCGUCAGGCUCGCCGGACUCCUUCAAAAUGAGCACGCUAGUUGAUCAAAACGGCAGUGCGAGCGAGAAAGACAGCUCUAACUUAGUCUCGUAUCUGCGACAAGAGGAUCGAGAAUUUAGCUGUAACAUACCCGUGAUAAACGACGCAAACUCUUUGGAAUUAAUGAUCGUUCAAGAUGCGGAUAGCCAUGUGACAUAUGAAGCACUUUUAGAUAUUGUGAAAGAAAUGGGAAAUAAUAUGCCGCCGUUAAACGGUAUAUACGAGUACAAACCGUGCAUCGCGCUCUUCGAAGACCACUGGUACAGGGCAUCUAUACUAAAGUACAGUGAAACGAAAAAUCUAGUUAAAGUUCACUACGUGGACUACGGGAACAUUGGAAUAGUUCCCUUGUCUGACGUGAGGGAGAUAAGUAAAGAUUGGGUGUGUCUGCCGCCGGCCUGUAUCACGGUGCGCCUGCACGGCGUCCGCGUCAACCCAGACUUCGACCCGGACGACGUCACCAAAGCCUACAUCAAUACGUUUCUCGACAAAGGACCGUUCCGCGCUACUAUUGCGGACUAUGUGGAAUAUGACAACUCGAUGCCCGUCGUAGAAUUAAGGAAUACCGACGGAGAACUAGUGUAUAGGAAAUUGAUUGAAGAAAAAGUGUUAUUACGUGAUACGCGCGAUGAAGAGAAUUUGGCUAAGUAAUUAAAAGAUCUGAAGACUGAUCUGGAAUUUGAUCUGAUCAAAAUUUCAAAACUAUGAUUCAUAAGUUUCGAGUCCAACUAUUUUAUAUCAUGAAUCAUGACUAUACAGUCCCAUUAUUGAUAUAAUGACACGCAACGCACAGCAUAAACAGUUGAAAAUUUGAAAUAUAUAGAUCCGGGUUUUAUAGGUAUUCUAUUAUUACCGAGGCGUUAAUAAAAAUAAAUCAAA